UUUUUUUUUCUUCUUCUUCUUCUUCUUUUCAAUUCGUAAAAUAUGGUUCAACCUAGUGUUUAUAUCCGUAAAGCCACUAUCACAGACAUUCGAUAUAAAGAGGAAGCAGCUAAGGUAGUCAAUACUGCUUAUCGAACAGAAGAGGGAUGGACAACCGAGAAAAAUUAUGUUGAAGGUGAACGUAUUACAGUGGAUAAUAUGGAAAGAUGUAUUCGUGACAGUGGCAGUCCAAAUACACUCUUUUUCGCUUUUGAGGAAGACCAAGUGAUAGGUACAGUCCAAAUACAGCCUCUUAAAGACCAACCUGAGGUAGCUGAGAUUGGGUUAUUUUCAGUUUCACCUAUGUUUCAAUCUCGUGGUAUUGGAGGUCGAUUGAUUCGUACAGCUAUUGAGGAAAUGAAGGCUAUGGGCUUUAAGGAGGCUCUGUUACAUGUCCUCGAAAAUAGAUCUAGUAUUAUAACUUGGUAUAAAAAAUUAGGGUUCGCUGAGACAGGUGAACGUAUUCCAUUUAUUUGGCCUGAAUUAUUGAAAAUUAAAGAUCUUCAUUUUGUUAUUUUGAAAAAGUCACUCAAAGAAGAUGAUCAUUAGAAGAAUAUAAAUCAUCUAUAGAUAUGUCCUAGAUUAGUUUAUUUAGAAGAUACUACAUAAUAUACUCUUAUUUCCAUUAUCUUUUUUUUUAUAAAAUAAUACUCUAGAUACUACUCAUUUAUUCCUUAACUAUUAAUUAUAAUAAACCUAUUCUAUUUCAUUUUUGCAUCC